UCAGUCCAAACGGCUUUUUAUAAGCUUCCUGUCCAGCUGCUCGGCCAGUGGAAAAGAUCAAGGUGGAAUGGGCUCCCUCUUCGAGGCGGCGGCAGGCGGAGCGACUCCGCCGAAGCGGAUCCCUCACCUCCGCCCAUCCGCGCCUGCUACAUCCUCCCUCCACCGCCUCACCCGAUUUCUUCUCUCCGACAAGGUCGGGUACCUCCACUGGGUCUUCACCGUCGCAGCUUUUCUCUUCGUCGUCGCGCUUUUCCAGGCCUUCCUCCCCGGAUCUCCGGACGAGGGUCCCGAUGGGGGCACGGACUCGCCCCAUCUGGGCGAGAUCGCGAGGCUGGAGUUCGGGGAUGGUAUCCGGUUCGUUCCCUCCAAGCUGCUGGAGAGGUGGGAGAGGGAGAGACGGGAGGCGAAUUUGUCAGCGAUCGAAGGUUUUGCUGGAAGGUCGCGACGGACCUACGGGCUGAGAAAGCCGCUGCUUGCCUUGGUGGUUCCGAAUCUCUUUCCCGACGCCAUGCAGCUGCAGACGAUCAGCAUUGCUGUCGUCCUCAAGGAGAUCGGCUACGAUAUCCAGAUUUUCUCAUUCAAAGAUGGUCCUGUUGAGUCUGUUUGGAGUACUAUUGGGCUAUCGGUUUUUUAUCAUCCUUUGUACAGCUAUGAUGGCAUUCUUGUGAAUUCUAUGAUUUCAAAACCGGUGAUUUCAUGUCUUUUGCAGGAGCCUUUUAGGAACGUACCUGUCAUCUGGACCAUCAAUGAAAAAUUCCUGGCAUUUCAUCUACGUAAAUAUGGUGAGAAUGGUCAAGUUAAGGUUUGGAAUGAGUGGAAACAAAUUUUUAGCAGAGCUUCUGUUAUAGUGUUCUCAACACACAUAAUGCCGAUGAUGUACUCAUCACUAGAUGCUGGUAACUUUUUGGUUAUUCCUGGUUGCCCUACUGAAGCAUGGGAAGCAGAUAAUUUAGUCACAUGGAAAGAACAUAAUGAACCAAAAAUUGGCUAUACACAAGAGGACUUUGUUAUUGCUAUUGUUGGCGGAGAAUUUUCAUAUAGUGGCCUGCUGCUAGAGCAUGCAAAAUUGUAA